GCAACAUGGCGUUUGAUGGAAAUUUUAUUUAGGUCAUUUAUAAAAAUCAGUUCAAAUUCUUAGUUUGUUCAUUAAGGAUACUUCUAGACAGGAAUUUUCAACGAAUAAUCCAUCAUGGCAGAUGACCAGCCAACUGACAUGUCUAGCGAAUACGCUAGACUCGCGUCAUUUGGAGGAAACACCAUGGAUGUAGCCGCUGUCAUGUCAACAUCAACAUCACCGGGAUGCUGGAACCUGAGAUUUAAUUCACCAAUGAAGUGUGCUAAAGCUGGUUUCUACUGCGUUCCUGGCUCUAACGGUGAUGUAUUGUCUUGUUUUGCAUGUUCGGCAGAGUGGACGAAUCCACAAGGAGAAUCUCCGUUGGCCGUACACAGAGUCCUUAGUCCGAAUUGUCCGUAUCUGAAAAGUGCCACACCAUUUUCGACUGCAGCUCCUCUGAUUUUCCCCAAAAGUCAUAUUAAUAAUGCCAGAAGAUGCUUGUUUCCACUGGGUAAUGAAAACAUAAACUUUACCACAGAAAAUAAUAAUUAUUUAUACAAGUUCCAGGACCAUCAACAAGUUAAACGCAAUCAAACUUUUACCCCAAUUGGUGGAUCAGAUUUUCUGUUUGAAAGCAGGAGAUUUCUGACAUUUGAUAAUCUGACAAAUGAAAACAUACUGAAAGCAUCUGAAUGGGCAGCAAAUGGAUUUAUUUUCCAACAAAGCUAUAUGGUGCAGUGUGUUUUCUGUGGACUGACCUUACCAUUUACAACCGAGUUGUCUACUUGUAAGUUACAGCAUGAACAAGAAGCAGCACAUUGUCCACUUGUGAUGAAACAUGACGUGGGGAACAUCACAAUACAAAUGGAAAAUGCUGUCAAUUGGAUGAAAGAAACAAAACAGCUGUCUUCGGUGGAGAUGUCACUUGUGUUUGUUCACCCACAGUUCGAAGAUAUUAAUAAGCGACGUGAUACAUUCCGAGAAUGGCCAUCUCAAAUGUAUCAAAAACCUGAAGAACUUUGUGAGGCAGGCUUUUACUACACAGGCUGUGCUGACAAGGUUAUUUGCUUUUGCUGUGGGCUGGGUGUGAAGAGCUGGAGAGAUCAGGCUGACCCGUGGAUACAGCAUGCCAGGUUGUCUCCACAGUGCAGGUACCUGAAAGAAAUCAGGGGAAACAACUUUGUACAAGAUGCACAACAAGCAGAGGUACAAGCUGAUUUCGACCCACCAAAAACAUUUCAAGAGGGUCCGGUAUUGAGUGAUGGAACAGUGACAACAACAAGUCCAGUCAGACCGGGUCUCGACCUCAACGUCAUCAAGGCAGCUCUUGAAUGUCAGUACACUAUGCCUCAAAUACGACAAGCCAUCCUCAAAAUACACAAUUUAACUUGUGGUUUCCCCAACUUCCCUCUGUUGAUUGGAGAGUUACUGGCUGACGAGGGAAGUCGCAAGAUGAUGCUUGAUCUGCUCAAAGAAAGACAGGAGAAGAAGAGAGAAAGACAGGAGAAGGAGAGGGAAAGACAGGAGAAGGAGAGAGAAAGACUAAGAGGGCAACAGCUUGAAGAAGAGAAGGAGCAGCUUGAAGAAGAGAAGGAGAGAGAAAGACAGGAGAAGGAGAGAGAAAGAUUGAGAGGGCAGCAGCUUGAAGAAGAGAAGGAGCAGCUUGAAGAAGAGAAGGAGCAGCUUGAAGAAGAGAAGGAGAGAGAAAGACAGGAGAAGGAGAGAGAAAGAUUGCGAGGGCAGCAGCUUGAAGAAGAGAAGGAGCAGCUUGAAGAAGAGAAGGAGCAGCUUGAAGAAGAGAAGGAGAGAGAAAGACAGGAGAAACUUCAGCUGGAGCAGGCUCAGCAGCAGAUGUAUGCCAAUGUUCUUAGAAUGGCUCUGGAGAAACAGAACUGGCAGACGAGAUUCAGAGAAGAGGAAGAGAGAAGGAGACGGGAGGAAGAGAGAAGGAGACAAGAGGAAGAGAGAAGGAGACAGGAGGAAGAGAGACAUGUCACAGAGUUGUCCCGUCAGGAGGAAGAGCUACAAAGACUGCGAGCUGAAAUCAUCCGACUCAAAGCUGCACAAAAUGUUUUAAUUUCUGUCCAAGGUGUUGCAGCUCCUCCACAAGAUGUUGCAGCUCCUCCACAAAACGUUGCAGCUCCUCCACAAAACGUUGCAGCUCCUCCACAAAACGUUGCAGCUCCCCCACCACUGCCCAUAGCCAACCUGGCUCCCCAGUGCAUCACAUGUCUCCAGGAACCAGCCACCGCUCUGUUUUUACCAUGCAGCCAUCUGUGUUGUGGUGUUCAGUGCUCACAGCAUUUCCUCAUGAAGCCCUGUCCCAUGUGUCGACAGGUGGUGCAGGAGAGGAAAAUAAUCUACAUUGCAUGAGUUUAAAGUGCUACUGGAAGGACACUGUAUUAAAAUGAUGGAAAUAGGAUCUGCAAUGUAAAUUUUCUUUAUUCCUUUUUGGCAGAUAUUUCUCUGCCUUGCAAUACAACCGUACUUGAAAUAUUUAUAUCUUGUUUUAAAAGACUGGGAACAAAAUCCCUUCAUCUUGUUUGAAAAAAACUGGGGAAAAGAUCCCUUUAACAAACAAAAAUAUUUCCAUUAACAAGAAAGUGGUACAAAAACACUGAAUGAAACUGUCAUUAGCUAAGUCAGGAUUUUGUAAUACAUUGAUACAGUGAUUCUCAAAUAGUUAUUGUCUUCACACUUCUGUUUUCUAGACCAGUACAUUGCAAUAAUUACAGUUUUAGUGAGAUGAGUCUCCUCAGUACAUAGUUAAUUAAAAUAAACCUCAAUUUAUUUUAAUGAACUACUCAGUACAUAGCUAUUGUACAUAGGUGAUAAACAUAAUUAGUUAUUUCAACCAUUUGUAAAUUUUCCUAAGAAAGACAAAGUGUCUAGACAGCCUGAGUACACUGAUGUGGAGACUAUUUCCUCAGAAUGUUUUACCAUGAUUCAUUUUAACACAUUUGUAGCAUGGACUAUGGAAGUGUUAUCUACUGAUAGUAUCAAAAUAGUGCUGUUAACAUCUUGAGUCUUAAUUGAGAACACAGACCACAGUCCCAGACGGUUCACGAUUCUUGGAAAUGUGUUCAGUUGUAGUCCGUUUUUGUAUUAUCAGUUACUGAAUGGAACAAUCAUUUUGGUAUCAGCAAUUUAUGAUAUGCAAAAGGAAAUUCUGUGUUUUGUUUACUAACCAGAAUCACACAAUAAAAUUGAAUAGCUCUUGAUUAAGCGGCAGCAAACAGAACUAUGGCAGCAUUUGGGCAAUUCACUGGAUUUAGGGUCAUGACAAUACUUUUGCUGACCUUUUGUCACAUUAAAAAUGUCUCCUUUUUUUUAGAUGUUGUAGUGUUGUUUAAGGUAACCAGUGUAUUUCCAAAUGUUUGUCAAACCCUGAACUUGGUGCAGCCCCUAUCAUCAAAACCAUCAACAUUAAUCAUGAUGAGCAUCACCAGACGUUUGUGUCAAGCUUAGUGGAUCUGUUGUAAUGCAUACCAAAACCAUCAAAACCAUUGACAUGAAUUAUGACCAGCUUCACCAAGUGUUUUGUCUGACAAGAUUGAUGCUUAAUGAAUCUGUUGUAACUUAUCAAAACCAUCAUGAUCAACAUCACCAGGUUUGUGUAUUGUACUUAAUGGAUCUCUUUUUAUUUGGUACUUGAUUAAUUUUAACACAUUUGUAGCAUGGACUACAAAAAUGGUAUCUGCUGCUAGUAUCAGAUUAGAGCUAUUGACAUCUUGAGAACAUAGACCAUGGUACCGGAUAGUUCACAAUUCUUGAAGAUGUGUGUUCAGUUGCAAGUCAAUUUUGUAUUAUCAGUUACUGAAUGGAAGUCAUUUUGGUAUCAGCAAUUCAUGAAGUAGCAAACAGAUGAUCUCUUAAUUAAGAGGCAGCAAAUGGAUCUAUGGCAGCAUUUGAAUAAUUCACUGGAUUUAGAGUCAUAAUGAUACUCUUGUUGACCUCUUUCACGUUUUUUUUUUUUUUUUAAGGAUGUUCUAGUGUUGUUUAGGGUAAUUUCCAGUUUUAUUUCCACAUUUUUGCCAAACCCUAAAUUUGAUGCAGCUCAAAACCAUCGACAUUAAUCAUGACUAGCAUCACCAAGUUGUUUUUGUCCGACAAGAUUGGUGCUUAGUGGAUCUGUUGUAAUUUAUCAAAGCCAUCAACUUCACCAAGUUUGUAUAUCGUACUAAGUGAAUGUGUUGUUAUUCACUACUUAACAUCAUUUCACUCUGACUAGUAAAAAUCAAAACUGCCAGUUCACCGGUGAGUCAUCUUGCUGUAACUCAUUUACAGGAAGUAAAGUCCCAGUGUGCUUCACAAACAUUUAUAUCAUUAAAUGGAAGCAGCAUUUUAGUGCUAAACAUUUAGUGUUUGCCAUGUGCAUACAUUUGAUCUUUUACAUUCAAGUCGGUUGACUUUGUUGAAGCGAAGCUAAAUCAUUACAAGAUGGCUGGUUUUACAAGCUGUUGUUUGUGAGAAAAAGAUACUGGCCAUCAAGUAAGCAGUGUAUAUUACCUGAAUUGUAUUACUACAUGGUGUAAUGAAAUGCAUUACAAUCUGAGACAGAUGACUUGAUAACCUGUUAAAAGAUAUAAGAAUGUCACCCUUUGAAAUGUGUUUUUUGUUGAAGGAUAUUACUGUAUAAGCAAGGAGUGUGAUCUGAAACCAUAUUUGUUCUUGUAAAAUGAGUUAAGAGUCUAGCCUCUUCAAGCUUGAGACUCUUCAGCCUAGCUAAACUUUUGAGCCUUCUGGACUAUUCAAGAUUAAGAUUUGAGUUCAAAGACUUCAACUUUGAGCCUUCAAUCUAGUCGGUACAUUUGAACCUUGAGUCCGGACUGAAUGUUUGAGACUUGUGUUCAGACUGAACAUUUGAGGCUUGAGUCCAAACACUCAAGAUUGAGGCUUGUGUCCAGACAUCAUGUUUAAGCCUUUUUUCAGACACAAGCAAAAAAACUGUUGAUUGGUAAAAAAUCCCAACAACACGAGAACAAAAAUAGUUGUAGAAAAUGCAUAUAGAAUUUUACAGAACUUGUGUGUUUUGUUGUAGAUAGAGACUAGGUUAUUGGGAAUUCCGUGCUCAUUCUUGCUUUAUAAUAUUUGUUCAUAUAAGCUAAAUCAAUGAAAUACUUCUUAUUUAAAACAUUUGAAUAACCAUAAACAAGUGUGGAGGAAUUGAUAAUGUGAUUUUGUUUUUACACUGCCAGUGUUGUUUACAAAUUCUGUUACAUUGGCUGCUGAGUACAGCUAAUCUUUACCAUUGUCGUUUUGAAGUUUUACUGAUGUAUGUAUAAUAUAUCUAUCUUUACUUGUCUGCUAGGCAGAAUAGUUUAUCUGGUAUGCUUAUUCUAUUGUAUAUGAAGCAUGCAGUUAAAACCUAAACAAUAAUGGCUGAACCACUCAAGUAGAAUGGAAUUAAAUUAUAGGGCAAGGUUAUUAUAUAUAAAAUGGAAAAUGUUUUUGUUUUUUUUACAUAAAUUGAAAUUUCAUGUUACAAGUGCCUGAUUAAAAUAAUAAUAAAAAAUAUAUAGUGAAAUUUUGCCUUUUCACAGAUUUAAAGAUACAAUUGACCAGAUAAUAAAACAAAAGCAAAUUAAAUUAUAUUUGAUUUUAAAAAGAUAAGAGAAACAAGGUACUGUACAAAUAUAUAAAAGCUGUUUUCACCUGUUCUAUAAUACAGGUUUACAGUAUACUGAUUAUAUGUUUUCUAGCUGUUUUUGUCAGAUAGUGCUAUAUUUAUGUUUAUAUAUACCGGGGGUACUGGUAUAUUAUGGAUGUAUGCAUGUACAUUUUUAUUGUUGAUUCUAGUUAUAUAAACAAAGACCUAUGUUAUAUUUGUCAUUAUUUUUACUAAACCAUUCUGCACACAUUCUUACCCUGUCUUACAUUAUUCUGUUCCAACCUUUUUUACUUUAUUACAACAUUCACCCAAACAUCGGAUAUUGUUUAUGGUGAUUGAUUUUGUUUUAGGUUUCAGCAAUAUCUAUAUAUAUGUACAGUAUGCAUUAGAUUUGAAAAAGACAACGUCUAAUGUCAUAAUAAUAACAAUAAUGUUUAAUGACUGGACAACAUUUUAGAAAUAAGUCUCAUAAAUUUUUCUUAACAAAGUCUGUGUGCAUCAAACAAAAUAUAUACCACUUCCAGGAAUUAAAUUAAAAAAAUAAAUUUGAUAUAUAUGUGAGUAAGACAACAUUAAUUGAUUGCUGCAAUUUCAAAAUGAUUAUUAUUAUUACUAAAACUGUUAUUACCGUAAACGGAUACCUAAAACUAUUAUUAUUACAUACAAUGGUGACAAGAAAUAUAAAACAAUUUGUCUUGGUAAAGGAUAGCAAUAUACUUGUAUAUGUACCAGGUAUAUAAUGGGCAAAGUUUAAAGAUUUUAGUUUGGUCUAAAUGUGAUUUAUAAUUUAAUCAACCUGGUUUAUUAAAAAACCAUAAAAUUAAAAGGAAUAAAAUAAUGAAAUUAGUUUACAUGUUAAAGUUCUUUUUAAUAAUGAAGGAAUUAAAUUUAUAAUUUGAUUGACCAGGUAAAUUUUCUUAAAAUAGUGAAUGAUGAAUGUUAAUUGAUGAGUAAAUCAUCAUUUCAUUGAUAUAUUUAAGUUUUUUUGACACCCAAUAGCUGAUGUAUUUUUUGAAUUGUGGUAUCGUUAAACACUCGUUCAUCCAUUCAUUCAUCCAUUUUGAUGGAUGAUUUUGUAUAUUUUUACUGAUAAAAUUAUGUAUUCAUAAAACUUUAAUUAAUUAAUAUCUGGUUGUAUGUGUUUGUUUGAUGCAACAUUUGUUUUCUUCCAUUAUAUUCAGUAUCUUGUAAAUAUUGACUGGUUACGUGAAUCUUAAAAUAGCAUUUCAAUUUGUUUCUCCUUCAUUUUAUUUAUAUAUAGUCAUGCACCUCUUACAUGUUUUCUUACUAAACAUUACUAUUUUAUCACAGUUGUUGCUGCAUUGUAAUUUUAUUUAUAUUUUUAAUACUGAUUUUACCUGUAAAUAUUUUUAAUGAUACAUUCAUCACCAUGUAACAUUUUAAGAUAUCAGGCUAUGAUAUUUUGGCAGCAGUAAUAUACUGCUAUAUUCAUUUGUAAAUUUGGAAAAACUUAAAUUGAAAUUUUACUUCAUGAAUUUCUCACAGGUUUUAUUAUAAUUAUACAGGCAUGGAUCCAUGGGUGGGGUUUGGGGGUCUUAACCACCCCUGCUUCUGGACCCCCCCCCCCCAACCUCAUUUUAAAGUGCUUAUCUGUAAGUGCAAAUUUUAAUUUUUAUAUGUUUAUGUAUAAGAAGAUUUGGAACGCCUACAAAAACUUCUGGAUCUGUGCCUGUGAAGUAAAAUGAUGUAAUUUAUCUUUUGAUUCUUGGAUUUCUAAACAGGAGAAAUUAUUAUGCAUACUAUUUAUUGGUUUUAACCAUAUUUUAAACCUAACUCACGCUGUGGUGAAUGCAUCUGUUGUUUUGUUUAUAUUUACAGAAUGCAAUAGCAAGACUUUCUACCUACGUCACAGCAAAUGGCAAAAACACUAAACAAAAAACACACACCCUCAAAAAUGACAUGACAACAAGAAAAAACAAAACAAAAACAACAACCCCCCCCAAAAAAAACCAUGAAACCACACACCUAAAACAAACCACAAUAUCCCCCACCCCCAGUUAAAAAAAACCCUACCCCACAAAUACACACACACAUCCCCAUAAACUUCAGUUUGAAUUUUUGUUCAUUGUUCAAGAAAAUCCUUUUAUAAA